AUGAUUGUGCUUUUCAGUGAUACACACAAACAAAAUGGCGUCAGUGAAUCAGCCCGCUACACCAGUAGCACUAUCAAUGAAAGCAGCAACGGUAAAUGCGCAUCCAGAUUCACAAGCAAGAAAACACCUCGAAACCUCACAAUUGUCCAACCGACCGUAACCGAAUCAUCACCAAACACCCCAUCGAAAGGCUUAACCGUCGACUUGUCGAGUGCGUCGUUCGCCGGUGGAAUGCCACGAACACCGUUGACGCCGAGUACAAUAUUCAAUUUCGAGUUACCACAUUCACCCGGUUUACCGCACAGUCCAGCUUAUGUAGACAGCAGACCAAGAGCGUUUUCUUUCGGCAAAGUUCACACACCAUUAGUUCAGCAGCAAAAACAAAGACCGGAAGAGAUCAUUCAGGUCUCAAUCCCAACAACACUCGAAGAGGUGAUUGAAGAUUCCGAUUCGACUUCAAAGAAGUCAUUUGUACAGUCCGAGGAGGCAAGAACCAACUGGCGAUCAAUAUGGAUCAUGGCGUUUAUAUUGUUUUUAGUGAAGAUGCAGUUCUCGGUUUAUUAUGCAACCGUAUGGCCAUUUCUUCAGGAGAUGGAUCCCACUGCUACAACGACAUUUUACGGCUUCAUGACUGCAUCGUACAGUUUAGGUGCUGCGUUGUCGGCGCCAUUGUUUGGCUAUUGGUCGAACAAAAUGAAACAAAUUAAAUUACCAGCAGUCACUGGUAUUGUCGUAAUGUUCAUGUCGAAUCUUUGUUUCAUGUUCAUCGAAUUCAUACCAACGAAUAGGAAAUACUUUUUGUUGCUCGCUAGACUCGGUCAUGGCAUUGGAAUAGGUGCAUCGAUACUACUGCAAACAUAUUCAGCUAUUGCGAGCGCUAAUAAGGACAAAUCCACCGCAGCGGCUAUUUCGGACGGUGCAUAUUGCUUGGGUCUUGCGUUUGGACCAGCGUUUGAAAUAAUUCCGAUUUCAGUGUUUCAACUGGUAUUCGCACCACUCGGAUAUCCAGGAAUAUCAAUUGGCCCACUAGCAAUCAGUAUGUACACAGCACCUGCAUAUGCGGCCAAUGCAAUGGUUUUACUGGCGUUAUUCUUCAUCAUAUUCAUUUUCAACGAACAACUCACCGAGACGCUCUCUGAAGAGAACUCUGAAAAUGGUCAACCAAAUUCGUUUGAAUUUGUUUCAGUUUUAAUAUUAAGCAUGUCAUUAGGCAUUGGUUUGCUUUGUUCACUUUUUAAUCAAACAAAAUUCAUUAUUCAUUUCCGCUGA